UAGACAUGUGUUGUGUUCAAUUACUCUUGUCUCUUGUGUACAAUUCCUCAUCCCUUUUACCUCUUUUUUUCCCUCUAAAAAAUUGAAGUACACAUUAUAUUUAAUUCCAGUAAAUUAAAGACUAUGUUGUGAAGAAGGUGAAUAAUUCUCAAAGCAUGUCACCUCGAAAUUAGCCUUCAAAACUAUUCAACACCGAUUUUUGGGGUUAUGUUACCCCUGAAGAUGUUGGAAGUGGUGAGAGUGGUGGGAUGUUUAAAUUUCAUUCGAUUACCUGUUCGGAAAAACACAACAAAAGCGAUGAUCAUGAAGAAACGAAUGAAAGAGGACAAAGAAAAUUUUGGACCACUCCUAGAGACAGCGAAAGAAAGAAAAAAGAAAUCAAAGUCAACGAAGAAAAAUAACAAAAUAGAAAGACCUGAUGUGCCUGAAUCUGAAAUUUCUAAAAACAAUGUGAACGCUGCGGAAUUGACCUGGACGCUUAGUAGCAUUAAACAAAAAAAUUUACGAUUUAUACGAAAAACUAAUGAAGAUGAUAAACAAAAAAGUUGCAUUUCACGAACCGCAAAAAAUAAUGAAGUACCUACAACCAGAAAGGUAUUAGAGUCUACAGAUUCUAAUGGAAUUACUAAAAUCCCGAUUCAUUCUAUAAAAAUUGAAAAACAUAAUGAGCAAGACGAAGAGAUUGUUCCACUCUCGAGUACAAAUAUUGAAAGAAAAGUUGAAGAUGCUUUCGUGAAAGACAUGGGGGGCAGCGAUGAUAAAUCUUGUUACGAAAGUAUUAGAGAAGAAACUUUGCUGAAAUCUGAGGGAAAUGAUACAUCGUACUUUCCAAUAGCAAAUACCACAAAAGGAGAGGAUGAUAAAUGGAAAAGUACGGGAAUAGUUUCAUUGAAGCCGGAAGAACAGAAUGAAUAUUGUUUACCAGGAGUUACAAGGAUUUUGAAUGCGACAAUGUCAGAAGAGGCCAAAUUAAUAUUAGCGAAGUGGAAGAAGAAGAAGAUAAAGGAGUUGGGGGAGGAGGGAUUCGACGAAUACUGCAAGAGCCUGUUGGAGGAUAGUAAAAUUAUGCACUUGUUAAUUGAGAAGAGUCUGAGGAGAGAAGAACUUCCUGAAGUUCCGCAACACUUAAAACCUAGUUUUAACAGCGUUAAAUUAGUCUUGAAGGAUCUCUCUCACAUCAGGAUGUUGGAGUCCCAUGUGGUCCAUCCGACGUUGGGAUAUCGAGGGUUCAUUGAUUGUGUAGCCAGCUAUCGGGGGAAUCUCUGUAUAAUCGAUUGGAAAAAAUCGGAGAAGAUCAAGACCCUCAGCACAACUUACGACUCACCUUUACAAGUCAGUGCGUACAUUGGAGCCCUCAAUGCAGAUCCGAAUUAUCCGUUCCAGGUAAAGUCUGGUCUUGUGGUAAUAGCGUACACACGAGGGCAGCCACCCUCUGUUUUUGAAUUCACCGCAGCAAAACUCGAAUUUUACUGGAGGGAGUGGCUGAAAAGACUUGAGAAAUACAAAUCCAUGCAAAAUAUUUGAAACUUGUAUUUUUGAAAAUAAAUGAUUUUUUGUAUUGUUAA